AGCCGAGUGUGUUCAGUCGAUUUCUGUCGGCCGUGCGGCAAACACACAGCUCGCUUUUCAGCCAACUCAAGCAGCUUUAGUAUCAGCUUUCACAGCAGCCAACUCGCGUCAUUAAUCGCAUCGUGCGACGGGCCCCACCAAACAGUUUUCCCAGCAACGCGCGCACUUUUCCCGCUCAAGGACCUCUGACUAUCGCUUGUCCUUAUAAAUUGCUUCGGCCGCUCCGGUGCCUUUAGUUUGCAUAUCUCCGAUUGCCCAACCCACCCGUCUCGGUGUCAAAAGCGAAUCCAGUCCCGGCGAUAAGUUGCUGCCUGCCAAACGGAGAGCUUAGCGGCGAAUUGUACAACACAAAAGUGAAUUACAAAUCAAUUGAGAAGGCCCCUCGGCGGCGAGACAUAAAACCAAUCGGGUAAACGCCGCCCGAUUCCAUUUCGAAAGUGAGCCGCUAGAGAGAAAAGAACUCCCGCAUGAGUAACAGCGCCAUGGUGGCCGUGGCCAUCUGCUGCAUCCUCGUCCUGCUGGCCGUCUUCAUCGUGAUCAUCAUAGUCGUCGGGCAGACCAUCGAGGAGCCCAAAUGAGACAUGCUCCAGCUGGGACCUGGCAACUUCCCAGAUGGAUAACAGAGGCCCCCCAACUGUUAGUUUGCUGGGGCCGUCAGCAAAAAUCGUUGCCACCUCAUCAACAUUUGCAACAUCACCAACAUCAUCAUCUCCACCCGACAGAUAAUUAGCAGAGGAAACAGAAGCAGAAGGAGUUGUAGGAGCAGAAGGAUUAGAAGAAGCGGAGGAAAUGCGUCCCAUCGUCAGUAUCCAUUGGCUGUGAUGUGAAAUUUUUAGAAUUUGUGAAGCAAAAAUCAAUCGAGAAACCAACAAAACCAACACAAAAGGAGCAACUAAAUUUUGGAACAUUCCGCAUCCUAAGGACACACAUCUUCAUGUAGCAUUUCUCUGUGUGUUAAGUGUUGUUAAUAUAUGGUAAUUGUAUAUAUAGACACACAAUCUAUGAAUACAAAAAUAUAUAGAUAUCUAGACAGACUUAUGUACUUAUAUAUGGAUAUAUAUGUGUGUAACCCAACCGUCGUAAAGUUGCGUUCUUUUUUAUAAAAGUGUUGUUAACAAACCGAUUUUUAUUGAUGUUUUAUUGAUGUUGAAUACAACGUAUAUACAUGCAUAUACACACGCAAGUGGAAUAAGUUUACAUUAAAAGUCCAGCGAAGUCAAAAUUGAUGAGCGGAAAUCUUAGAAAGCGCAUCCUGGAAGGAUAAGGGUAAGGAUAAAGAGAAGGAUGCGGAGCAGGACAAUAGGGAAUGCAACUGGAGAGCUCAAUUGUUUAUUAUACCGUAAGAUCAUAUCAAAUCGGAAUGAAUGAUGCCAGCAAUCGCACUUGUUAAUUGCACAGCGAUGGAGGCGAAGCCCCGAUGGGCCUCGACAGGAACUGGAGCAUAGAUAUACCUACUUAUAUUUGGAGGAUAUGAAUUAUAUAGCGGAGAUAUGCAUUUUAUAUAUCAACAAACUUUUAUAUAAGUUUUACGUGUACGUGUACCUAGAAGUAGCCAAAACUCGUGUAUACAACAAAAAUAAGCUGUUAUCAACUAUGUAACUUACUCAAUACAAAUAAAAGGAAUUAUAAAACUUAAAAACCAAAUAAAAAUUAAUAAAAUCAUAGCCCCAACCCCUAAACUACUCCAAUUAAACCAAUUCAAUGCAAAACGAACGUGCGCUGUGAACAAUAAAAAAAUAAACUUCCACUUAAUUCAAUUUUAAUCAAUGCAAAUGCCAGACUCAGCGAACACAAUAUUCAACAAAUGAUCAACGCGCGGUGCAUAAAUUAAUAUAAUAAUUGAAUAUAAACAUCAACAACAAUGGUCCAUGUCAGAGCAGAGAGAAAG